UUCAGACAAGAGGAGCGCCAUACAAGGAUCUGGACACCCUGACAUGCAAUCCUGGAAGGGCAACGUAAGUUGAACAAUUGAGCGAAUAACGGUUCUUGACAAGUUGAGUUAGUAUUUGAUCUCGGAGCUCCGUUGACGUUUAUAAGUAGUACUUACUUAUGCACGCAUACUUCCAAGUUUGCGUCCUUUCCUUCGCUCGGUUAAGUGCUUCGAAUGUGAUAAAUGUUCGAAUAACAAUGACUUGAAAUAACAUGCUCUUGACAUACUCCAACACGAUACUGCUCCUCGUGCUCGUCAUUCGUGCCAUCCUACUUCUGCUUGCUGCACGCCCUCGCGUGGCUGCUUUUUUCUACCUCUUUGCCCGGCACCGCUUGCCUUCAAGCAUUCAUGAUUGCUACACCACUCGUAUGGCUGCUUGCAUCUUUUUGCCCUUUGGUUACCCGCUAGAAGAGAAGAUAAAACUCAGUUAAAAUGUUGCUUGCAAUCAUUGUCUGUCUUCGACUGAUAGCACAACUAUAGAUUUCCCGUCAUUUACAUACUUUCAGUUGCAUAUUAUUGCAUACCUUCGCAACCGCUUAUUGCCUUUCGGGCACUGUCAACACCGAUUAUUUACACUAGCUACCAUAUUUUUAUGCACUUUGUGCAGUCACUUCUAGGAAAUCAAUCCUCAUCGA